AUGGUUGAGUAUGAGGCAUGUAUCCUGGGCAUCAAAGCCGCCAUUGAUAUGAAAAUUCAGUUCCUGGACGUAUAUGGAGAUUCAGCCCUGGUAGUGAGUCAGAUUAAAGGAGAUUGGGAUACCAAGCAUGAAAAUCUUAUUCCCUACAGAGAGCAUGUGCUGUCUUUGAUCCCACAUUUUGAAGAGAUUACCUUUGGACACAUUCCACGAGGAGAGAAUCAGUUGGUAGAUGCAUUAGCCACCAUGGCAUCUAUGUUUGAGAUUAGCUGGGAUGAUGAAGCUCCCAAGAUUACUAUUGAUAGAUUUGAGAAGCCUGCAUACUGCAAUGAGAUUGAUACUGAAGGAGGAGAGGAAAAGCCUUGGUUCUAUGAAGUAAAAAGAUAUCUUGAAACUCAGGAGUUCCCUGAAGGGGCAUCUGUCAAAGAUAAGAAGUUUUUGAGGAGGUUUUCUGCUAAGUUCUUCUUGAGUAAUGGAAUUUUUUUGUCUGCUUGA